AUGUCCAGCGCGUUGGAGUCCCAGCGUGAGCGCGAGGUCCAGCGCUACCUGCAGAGCUGGCAGGUCGCCCAGGGCUCCUCACCAACCGUCGCCCAGAACAUCAGCAACAUCGGCGCACCGACGGACCAUGCCGACUUCACCCCCAGGGCGAGCUCGGACAAGGCGCUCACGGCCUUUGCCCAGCUGGCCGUCCUGCGCCUCAACGUCAAGCGAGCCAUGGUGAGCCUCAUCGACCAGACCUCGCAGACCAUCCUCGCCGAGGCCACGCGCAACCUCCGCCUCAGCACCCACGACGCUGCCGGUCCCGACAAGUACAAUGAACUAUGGCUCGGCACCGCUGUCAUUCCGCGCCCCGACGCCGUUUGCGAGCACUGCUUGACCAGCACAUGCACAGGCCGCGACCCCAACGGUCGCUCAUACACAGCGCCCGGCCUCGUCAUAUCAGACUGCCGCCUCGACGAUCGCUUUCACACUCGCCCAUACGUCGUGGCUGAGCCGGGCGUCCGCUUCUUCGCGGGCGUGCCCAUCAUCUCCCGCCACGGACACAAGAUUGGCGCCUACGCCGUGUCCGACGACAAGCCGCGCGAUGGGCUGACGGUGGACGAGGUUCAGUUCAUGCAGGGUAUCGCGCAGGCCGUCAUGGAUCAUCUGGAGUGGGCACGGGAUCGCGUCGACCGCUUCAAGGGCGAGCGCAUUGUGCGUGGACUGGCGGCGUUCAUCGAGACCUCGUACAUACAGGGCGGCGACUCGGGAAAUGGCAGAGAUGGGCAGCCAUCCCGGCCGCCUGAGAUGUCGCAGGCUGGGAGGAGACGCCCCAUGUCGAGGGUGAGUUCCUACCAGCGUGGCGAUGACCUCGUCAACGGGACCACGCCGCCGUCGCAGGAGAAAUAUCAAGCGCCUGCUGCCGCAGCUCCCUUGCUGCCAUCCUCGAGCACGCAGAAAAAGCCACAGCAGAAGUCAGAUGACAUGUCACACAUGCUGCAUCGCGCAUCCGAGCUGCUUCGCACAUCGACCCUGGCCGACGGCGUGGUCCUCUUUGGCGCGACCGCCACCAACGCCAAGCAGUUGAGCCGUGCCCUCCGAUCGGGAGCCCUCCAAUCGACGGGCGGCGACGAUGACGACCUCUCGCUCCCGGUCACGUCGGGUUCGGAAGGUGUGGGCUUCGAAAGCUCCGACUCGGACGCGCUGCCCACAUCACGGCCAUGCAAGCUGCUCGCAUACUCCCUGGCGGACGAGCGUGCUCGCGCUGCCAUCGACCAAGGAUCGGCCUUGUCCGUCGGUACACUCGAAAAGUAUUUUACCCUCUUCCCCAAGGGCAAGGCUUUCUCCUUCACAGCCGAAGGCGCAGGCGUGUCGUCGGAAGACGACAGCGCGAGCGACAGAGAACCCCAGAUUCACAACAUGCGUCGCAAGGUGCGGAUGGACCACAAGGAGCUCCUCAAGAAGAUACCAGGGGCCAAGGCGGUCAUCUUCGUGCCUCUCUACGACUACACGGAAGAUCGACUCGCAGGUGGCUGCUUCCUGUGGACCUCGGUCAGUGGUCGCCUCAUGAACCUCGACGACGACCUGUCCUAUCUCCGUGCGUUCGCCAACAGCAUCAUGAGUCAAGUGGCCCGCAUCAACACGCUGAAGAACGAGGCAGCCAAGACGACCUUUAUCGCCAGCAUGAGCCACGAGCUACGCAGCCCCUUGCAUGGGAUUCUCGGCGCCGCGGAAUUCUUUCGCGAUACGCAGCUCAGCUCCUACCAGUCUGGUCUCAUCGGCUCUAUCACCACCUGUGGCAAGACUCUGCUCGACACGCUGAACCAUGUGCUCGACUACAGCAAGAUCAACCGGCUGGGUCGCAUGCAGCUGAGGCGGAAUGCGAAGCAAAACAAGCUGCUCAAGUUGUCCACCGAUUCACUCGACAGCCUGAACAUAACGGCUGCCGUGGACCUCGCCGUCCUGGUGGAGGAGGUCGUAGACGCCACGUCGGCGGGUCACACGUUCAACAGGGCGCCGGACGCAGGACCCGUGCCGGGGCUCGUCGGCCACCAGAGUCAACUGAGGAACGGGGACGGUAGCCCAGGCACAGAAGCUGCGGGGAGUUCGGCGGUCGUGCUGCUGGAUAUUUGUCCCCGAACGUCGUGGAUGGUAAGGACGCAGCCGGGCGCCAUCCGCCGAAUCAUCAUGAACUUGUUUGGCAAUGCGCUCAAGUACACCACGCAAGGAUCGGUGCAUGUGUCGCUUCGAGGGAAGCAAAGUCCUGACGGGUCCAAGAUGGACGUCUUGCUGAAAGUAGUGGACACUGGUAAGGGCAUGUCCGACGAGUUUCAGCGAAACCGACUCUUCCUCCCGUUCAGCCAGGAGGAUUCGUUCCAACCGGGUACUGGACUAGGUCUGAGCAUUGUGAAGCAGAUUGUUGACUCGCUGGGCGGAACUCUCGAAGUACACUCUGAACAGCACAAGGGCACCGAGAUCAUCGUUCGUCUUCGUCUGUUGCCGGUGGCCGAAGAUCCCUCGGCUGCCAAGGACGAUGUCAUCCAGUCCGUUCUGGAACGCGUCCGUGGACGGCAACUGACCCUCCUGACCGGUCGACCCGACUCUCCACGGACGCAGCAGCAACUAGACCAAGCCGACCAAGUUCUUCUCAAGACCUGCGCCAGCUGGUUUGGCAUGAGGGUCGUGAAAGAUGGGGAGGCGGGUGCGUCAGAUGCCGACCUGUAUCUGUACUCGGAGCCGCCGUCAGUGGAACUGCUUGAGCAACGUUUGCAAAAGUCCGGGCUGGAGCCAAAGGCGGACAAGAAAGUGCCCUUUAUUCUCGUUUGUCAGAAUGCAAAAGAGGCUAUCCAGAUCUCACAAAACCAGACAAAGCUGCUGACGAGCUUGUCUGAGAUUGUGGAGGUGGUCCCACAACCUUGUGGUCCACGCAAGUUGGCUAAAGUCUUUGCCCAAUGUCUCCUGAUGGCAGAUGCCAAGUCAAGUGUGGACAACGAUCGAGAAAAGGAUGUCCACCCACAGCCUGUGAUCGAGCAACCGCCUCCCGAGACGCCCAAAGACGAUGCAUCCGUUCCCGAAGCACAGCCUGCUCUAGCCGUCGACAAAUCAGGCCCGCAAGCAGAUCAGCCUCAACCAUCAGGAGUUUUUGGCCUGGCAUCACCUCCUCCCUUGAACCCAGGAACACCAGCACUUGGCGAGGGAACAGUAUCCUCGUACCCGAUCCCCAAGACCAAUGAACCCGGACCGGCCGACAAAGCACCGCCACGCCAUGUCCUCAUUGUCGACGACAACAAGAUCAACCUCCAGCUGCUAGUCAUGUUUAUGAAAAAGUGCGGCUUCUCCUACGCCGAGGCCGAGAACGGGCAGGAAGCCCUCGACAGGUUCACCGAGGCGUGCAUCCCCGCGUCGGAGACGACGGGACACGGCCGGCGACGGUUCGACUUUGUCCUCAUGGACAUUAGCAUGCCCGUCAUGGACGGUUUGGAGGCGACCAAGCGGAUACGCGAGUUUGAGCGCGACAACAGUCUGCCGCAGACCAACAUCAUCGCGCUGACCGGUCUAGCGAGCGCAGAUGCCCAGCGCGAUGCCGAAUCCGCCGGCGUCGACGUCUUCAUGCCGAAGCCUGUCAAUCAACGCGCAUCCUAUGUUGAGAUGCUUUUUUUGCUGGCCUUCAAAUACUGGCGCUACGCAGCCAUCGUCAUCGGCCUCGGAGACGGUGGUCCGGUCCUUGCGAUGAUGAAAUCCCAGACAUGUUCUACAACCAAUGCCGCCCUGGCAGCUCGGGAGGCAUGCUUCUUCUGGCUCCUCUGGGCCAGAGCCUUUGCGCAAGGCCGGCAUGCAGGGGAUUCUGCUGCACCUUGCAGCCGUCCCUUGAUUCAUAACGCAUCGGGAAGCCGGCUCUUCUACUCCAACGACUUCCUGUCAGUGCGAGAAACGGCUGACUGCUGCCGCAUGCGCCUGGUACACGUUACCGCUCCGCACGACCUGGUCUCCCUGGACUGGCCGCUCGUGUACACUCUCUCAGACCGUCCUGCUCAGCGACACGAUGGUGAUGGGGCUUCGAAGCAUACUUGCAAGCCUCCGGAGAAUGUUGCAAUCAGCGCGCCCAAGAGGAACACCUUCCAGACCCUCAUGAAGCAGGAUUAUGCCGAUGUUACCGCGUACCUCCACGAGCAGAAAGAGCUCAACCUCACUGCAAUAACCACAAUAUGGCUGGCCAUGAGCAGAUGGGACAAUGUCAUCGUGACCACGGACGUAUUGCAGCCCAACAAGACGGAUGCACCGGCCUACCUCGACCAAGAAGGAUCUCUCCCUCCUAGAUUCGCCCAAGCAACACUGCAGUUCCAUUCACAGGAGCAGCCAUACCUUCGGGAGUACAUGGUCGGACCCUUGCCUCUGAACAACUCUACCGCUCACUAUGAAGAGCUCAACUACAUGUUUAUAUCCGGUCGAGGUCUGAAAAACGUGUACAAUGCUGAUAGGGAAGCGAUUGCUUCAUUCAACCUCAAAACCGCUACGGGAGCAGACGAUGACAAUCUACUGUUCGCCGGCAGCGACCCCCUCAUCCACGUUGGCGACAGGAUCUACCAAUGGAACGAAUUCUACCCUGCACACUCUGGCGAGUUCUUCUCGGAGACCGUGUUGCCCACGAGCCUGCAGUUCAAGGUGGAUCUCACCGGUCGUGAUGCCUCAAAAGUGCCAGACGGGCCUCGCUUUGGCGUCGAUGUGGAGGAGAGCUAUGUUGAGUGGAUGGAUUGCACCUUCUACAUCUCCAAACACAAUGAUGUUGGCAUGCAGUUCGACUGUCCCUUCAAGCUGGACCUGGACAUUGAGGGGCGGAACAACAGCCUACUGAAGUCUGAAUUCGUCCCAAAGGCCCAAGUCUACGCCUGGUCCGAGGGGCGUGGCAUCAACACCAUGCAGGUGGAGCACACGUACAUUACAAACGAAGACGACGCCAAGAUCACCUGGUCCAAGAACGGAGCUGUCAUGCAUGCCGUCGUCAACAAGAAUGCGCUCAACAACGGCAGCACUGCUUACUUGACCGUGCAGUCAUCCUCCGCUCUGGGAAACUCCAUCGACUGGGCCACCCACAGCCUUCACGACCCGCACAACCCAGCCGUCGACUUUGACGAGUUCUUCAACGGAGAAAGUCUCGAACAGGAGGACAUUGUACUAUACUUCAACCUAGGCACGUACCAUCUCCCCAACACGGUGGACCUGCCAAACACAGUCACCACUACGGCCAUGUCGUCCAUCGCCAUUGUGCCGCACCAUUUACGGCGUCGGCUAUCGUUCGACGAGACGUCCACCGUCACAAAGAACCUCUUUGGCAACCAGCAGGCAAUGUGCAUGCAUGACGUGAAGAGUGCUGCGCCUGGUCUGGACACGGUUGUGGGACAGUUGCAGAUUCCCAAGUUCCCAUGA